GCAUCCUCAUGAAAUUUACUCACGCAGUAAAUAUUUAGUGAGUGUUUCCUGUGUAGCGGGGAGGCCGCGAAACCAGUAUUGAAACCAAUAUCUCGUUCAGAAUGAGAGAGAAGACAGCAAAUCAGGCAGUUGUAAGACUGGAAAGUGCCUCAAUUUGAGAAACGCAAGAUGACAACAGAAUCAAAGAAAGCUGCAGCUCAGAACCUUCAAGAGCAUGAAGGACUUCUGAUAGUGAAGAUUGAAGAGGAAGAUUUUGUCUGGAAGCAGGGCACUUGCUUACAGAGAAGUGAUCCCCUCAGGCAGGAGCUCUGCCGGCAGCUGUUCAGGCAGUUCUGCUACCAGGAUUCCCCAGGACCCCGCGAGGCACUGAGCCGGCUGCGAGAGCUCUGCUGUCAGUGGCUGAAGCCAGAAACCCACACCAAGGAGCAGAUCCUGGAGCUACUGGUGCUAGAGCAGUUCCUGACCAUCCUGCCAGGGGAUCUACAGGCUUGGGUGCAUGAACAUUACCCAGAGACUGGAGAGGAGGCAGUGACCAUACUGGAAGAUUUAGAGAGAGGCACUGAUGAAGCAGUACUCCAGAUUCCAGUCUGUGGACAUGGACAAGAACUAUUCAGGAGAAAAGUGGCACCUCCUGGACCACCACUUAGUGUCCAGUUCCAGCCAGUGAACACCAAGGUCCUUCAUGGUUCUUCAGAACCCCAACUUCUACUGGACCGUGAUAAUGAGAGUGAAAACAGUGGAUCCAUGCCAAAGCUGGAAAUUUAUGAGAGAAUGGAAUCGCAGAGAAUUAUAUCAGGAAGAAUUUCAGGAUUUGUAUCAGAAGGAUCUGCUGAGCCUCAAGACAUCUGUAAGUCUACAGGCAGGAUAAAGAGACAACAGGAAAAAGAAUCAGGGGAGUCUCAGAAACCAUCAUCUGCUCAGGAUGGAGGUUUUAGUAAAAUCCUCACCCACAAAAAUACACUUACAGGUGAAAUAAUAAGCCAUGAUGGUUGUGAGAGAAGCUUAAAUCUGAACUCAAAUGAAUUUUCACAUCAGAAAUCUUGUAAACACAGUACCUAUGACCAAAGUUUCAAAUGGAAUUCAGAUUUUAUUAAGCAUCAAAGAAUUUAUGCUGGAGAAAAAAUUCACCAAUAUGGAAAAUCUCUCAAGAGCCCAAACCUUAUUAAACAUGCAGCAAUUUUCAGUGGAGAGAAAACCCAUCAGUGUAAUGAAUGUGGGAAAGCUUUCAGACACAGCUCAAAGCUUAUUAGGCAUCAGAGAAUCCAUACUGGAGAGAGACCUUAUGAAUGUAAUGAGUGUGGGAAAGGCUUUGGGGGGAGCUCAGAUCUUAUUAGACACCAGAGGAUUCACACUGGGGAAAGACCCUUUGAAUGCAAAGAAUGUGGGAGAGCAUUCAGCCUGAACUCACAUCUUAUCCUACAUCAGAGAAUUCACACCAGAGAGAAACCCUAUGAAUGUAGUGAAUGUGGGAAAACCUUCAGAGUGAGCUCACACCUUAUUCGACACCUGAGAAUCCACACUGGAGAGAAACCCUAUGAAUGCAGUGAGUGUGGGAGAGCCUUCAGUCAGAGCUCACACCUUAGUCAACAUCAGAGAAUUCACAAGAGGGAAAAGCUAUUAAUGUAAAGAACUUAAAUUUAUAAGGAAAUAGCAAAACGUGAAAAACAUUGAAUAAAAAAUAAA